AUGCUCAACUAUGACUAUGUGUGGGAUAUGAUCUUCCAUCCCAAUGGGGCCAUAGAAGUCAAGGUCCACACCACGGGCUACAUCAGCUCAGUGUUCCUCUUCGGUGAUGCCCUAAAGUAUGGAAACCGAGUUGGGGAGCACACGCUGGGCACAGUUCACACCCACAGUGUUCACUUCAAGGUGGAUCUGGAUGUGGCAGGACUAGAGAACUGGGUCUGGGCAGAGGACAUGGCCUUUGUCCCUACAGCAGUGCCCUGGAAUCCUGAAUAUCAGAUACAGAGGCUGCAGGUGACCCGGAAGCUGCUGGAGACAGAGGAACAGGCUGCUUUCCCCAUGGGAG